AUGUCGUUCUCACGAAAUAGAACCAAUUUCAACCUGCUUGAUGAUGUGGACGACGAGGACAGACUUCCUGGCGAGGACGACAAGAGUGUUUUGUUUCAAACAACAGGAACAACUCUCCGGAAUGCACCGCGACUAGUUGGCAGCCAGAUCGUGAAUCAAGAUCUGAUCCAAAAACGAAGAAAUAAAGCCCUAGAAGCAUUGUUAGCGGUGCGAGAGGAGGGCGAUAAAACGGAAGGGCUUACACUGCUCAAUAGCCUAACCAGCAGUCCAGUGACAGACAUGGUUCCUGCAAGUGCAGCCUCUCAAACAGCGGAAAAGUCUGAGGCUCUUCCUCCGGUAGCAAAAGAGGCAUUGGCUGAAGCUGACAGUCCAAAUGUAACGAAUCAAGUGCCGGCCAGAGGACGUAAAUGGUUUGGACAAGCUCAGGCGCGACCUACUACUAUGGCCGACAUCAAACGCUUUAUGCCCCUUCAACUCGAGCAUCCUCCACAUCCGAAUGGAGAUCGCAGUAAUGCAUGGUUUAAGGAUGAAUAUGCCAAUCUGUAUGUAGCGAUAGUCAGGUUUGCUACAGAGUUUUUUGGAUUUCAGGAUUUACAGGAAGGGUUUCACGAGCCCUGGGCUGUUCGGAUGCCGGAGGAGUUCUACAGAUAUGUGGAAGUUGUUGCUGAGCCAGAUACUGUAGUCGGAGGAUGGGAUGAGAUGUUGCUCGAUACGAGUACAAGAGAAUAUCUCAUUGUCGGUAUUAUCGUAAGGAUAUUAGAGGCUAGGGUUUUUUCGCCGGUUCUAUGGGGAAACACUAAAGAGGGGGAAGAAUUCCUUCAUGGUUUAGAUCGUGCACUUCUCGAUAGUGAAGGAUACAGUCGUCAAGAACUCCGCCACAGAUCUAUUCGCACUCUCUUGGGUGGAGCAUCUCUAACCCCUAAUUUUCACAAGGAUUGCACACAAUUGACCGCCCAAGUACUACUCCUCUUUAUGCCUCUCUUCAACUACCUCACGCUUCUCCCUGCCGGUCCUGAAACCGUCACCCCCAAAGCUACAGCCCUAUACCAGGCCCUUCACAACAUAUUCUCCAGCGCCGCCUACCUAUCCAUCUGCAUCCGCAUCUCCCCAACCAUAAUCCACACCGUUUCUCUCCUCCCCGGCACCGCCUACAAACCCGACGAACACACUUCUAUUCUCCAAAACUCCUGGACCCUAUCCAAAACCGUCGUUCAAAACAACUGGAACCGAGAUCAUGAAGCAUGGGAAAUCGAACGCGCGGAAGCCGAGGGUUACGUGAUCGGCUACAGAAACGCAGGAGAUAGACGUCUUGAAUCAAACGCCGGCUUGCGUGCUCUUCGUCGUCUGCAAGAUGUGCAGAAGAAAUUGGCAGAGCAUAAACCUCCCGGUUUUACGCACGAGGCAGCGGUGAAAAUUGCAAUCUGGCCCGUCACGAAAAGAUACUGGGCGGGAAGUUCAAAACCAGGUGGCGAUAUGGAUGGUCAGAGUGUGUUUGACGUCACGAAAGCGGGAGCGGUAUUUUACUAUAAAGAAAAAGGUAAACCCGUUGAACCACUUCUGGAUUUCGUGACAGAGAAAAAAAAGAAAUUGGGUGGGAGAUAUGAGAGAGUUAAGGAUCUUCUGGCGGUGUUGGCUCUGUUGUCUCUGGGUGCAUUUAUGGUUCUCUUGUAUGUGGUUGGAUGGGCAGCGUUGAUCGCUUGGCUUACAAGUUCUAUUGCUGCGAUUACGGAGUCAUUGAGAGAGUCAGUGGUAAGGGGAAGAGAAACGGCGUCUAGUGCAUAUGAAUAUACCGGAUCACCUGGCCACAACUGGUUCGGGGAAAGAAGAGAACAGCCGAUUCCUGAUUACCACACCGCAUAUUCAAAUGCAAAGGAAGGUGUCAAAGAGGAGUUGCACAAGGGCGCUUCGAAGGCUGAGGAUUUCGCUGGUGAUGCAUAUGAUAGAGUGACAGCCAAAGCUAAAGAUGGCGUAAAAGGUGGCUACAAUGCGUAUGCGACCCGAAAAUCACAGGCGGAAGACGUUAUUGAGAAUGCAGCAUCAAAGGCCAAAAGCGCAGGGAGAGUAUACGAGAAAGCGACAGACAAAGCGAGAAAAGCAGCCAGCAGUUCCGGCGAGAAAAUCGCAUCAAAAGCCAAGAGCGCGGCUGGAGGUCCUGCCGAGAAAAUCACAUCGAAGGCGAAGAGCGCGGCGAGACUUACGGCAGAAAGGGUCACGUCGCGGGUGAAAAAUGCGGCGGGUGGAGCUUACGGGAGAACGUCGAGGGGAGCGGGAGCGAGGGCGACGGUUCAGGCGACGAAGAAACGGGCAAAGGGGGAGGCGUAUACGAGAGAGGGGAUGAGGAAUUUGUGA